ACACUCGUCUCUAACCAAGUGAAGCACAUCUAGCAACAGGCUACUGACCAUGGCUUCACUCUCUUCCCUCUUGCUGGCGUCGGCCUUCUUCCUCGCAGGCUCCGUCUUCUUCUACCGCUACGACGCGAGCGGCAACAAGUCCGGCGGCACAGCCACCACGACGCACCUCCACUUCUACAUGCACGACGACUACACGGGCCCGCGCCCCACCGCGAAGCGCGUCGUGUCCGGGCGCUCCAGUGACGGCGACAAUGACACGACGACUCUGAAGACCGCGCCACGGCAGUUCGGCGACAUCGUGGUGCUGAACAACGCGCUGACGGAUGGCCCAAGCGGCGGCAGCGCGCGGGUGGGCACGGCGCAGGGCUGGGCGGUGCGCGUGUCGGAGGGCGGCAUCGUGUCCGACCUGACCCUGCACCUGGUCCUGGAGGCCGGCGAGCACCGUGGCAGCUCCCUGACGGCGAGGGGCCGCAUCGACAUGGACGCGACGGUGCGGGAGUCGGUGCUCAUCGGCGGCACGGGCCGGUUCCGGUACGCGAGGGGAUACAUGCUCACCAAGAACUACGACUACAGCCUCGCCACGGGCGGCAUCGUCGAGAUCGACGUAUACGUGCAGCACGAAUAGGCGGCGCUCGCAGUCACGUGCUACAUGUUUUGUUGUGUAUUAGUACUGAUAAUCACAAGCGUCUCGGCUUGUUGUUGUUUUCCUUCAUAUAUGAUUCCCGACAUAUAAAUUCCUCAUUUCUAAGCCUUUUUUUUGGCGUUUAAGUUA